CAGCCCGACCCCACCCCCGCCCUGCCCGGCUCGCUCCCCCAAAUGAGCGGUUCGCCCGCUGGAUCUAACGCAAGGACAUCGCCCAGCGGCGGCAGCAGCAGCAGCGGAGGAGGAGGAGGCGGCAAGAGCGCGGCGGCCCCCAGCCCUCCCGCAGCCCAGUCUCCGGGAGCCGCGUGCCCGGCGCUCUCGCACCUGCCCCCGGACGACCCCCUGCGCCAGGCGAACCGGCUCCCCAUCAGGGUCCUGAAGAUGCUGAGCGCCCACAGCGGACACCUCCUGCACCCGGAAUACCUGCAGCCCCUCUCCUCCACGCCCGUCAGCCCCAUCGAGCUGGAUGCCAAGAAGAGCCCCCUGGCGCUCCUGGCGCAGACCUGCUCGCAGAUCGGCAAGCCUGACCCUCCACCCGCCUCCAAGCUGAACUCGGGCGCUUCCGCCGGCCUCUCCGGCUCGGACAAGGAAUCGGGCAGCCGCUCGGCCUCCAGCGCCCUCAAGCAGCUGGGGGAGCCCCCCGGCGAGGACAAAUCCAGCUUCAAGCCUUAUUCCAAGGGCGGCGGCGGCGGCGGCAACGGCGAUCCGCGCAAAGAGGGCGGCGGCGGCGGGUCCCCGGGCGGCUCGCGCGGCAGCUCCCCGCAGCAUUCGGAGUGCAAAGGGCCCGAGGAGAAGAAGGAGCUCGAGGGAGUCGCCAAGGGCAGCCCCGACGGCGCGCAGAGCACCGGGGGGAGCCGGGCGGGCAGCGGCGCCGGGAGCACCGAGCCGGGGGCGCAUGGGGGCGAGGCCUCUUCCGGGCGCAAGUCCGAGCCGCCGGCCCUGGCUGCCUCGGGCCACGUGGCCCCCGUGUCGCCCUACAAGCCGGGACACUCGGUCUUCCCCCUGCCCCCCUCCAGUAUCGGCUACCACGGAUCCAUCGUCGGGGCCUACGCCGGCUACCCCUCCCAGUUUGUGCCCGGCCUGGAUCCUACCAAGGCCGGCCUGGUGAGCAGCCAGUUGCCUGGGGCCUUAGGCUUGCCCGGGAAGCCCCCCAGCUCCAGCCCGCUGACAGGGGCCUCGCCCCCUUCCUUCAUGCAAGGAUUAUGCCGCGACCCCUAUUGCCUGAGCUACCACAGCGCCUCCCACUUGGGCACCAGCAACUGCUCCAGCUGCGUCCACGACCCGGGCAGCCUGAAGAGUGGAGGAUACCCUUUGGUAUACCCCACACACCCGCUCCACACCACCCUCUCCAGCGCCACACCCAGCCUUCCCGGUCACCCCCUCUACACCUACGGCUUCAUGCUCCAGAACGACGCCCUGCCCCACAUAUGCAACUGGGUGUCAGCCAGCGGACCCUGCGACAAGAGGUUUUCCACCUCGGAGGAACUCCUGGCCCAUUUACGGACCCACACCACUCUGCCCGGGGCGGAAAAACUUCUGGCUGGCUACCCUGCCUCUGGGCUGAGCUCUGCGGCGUCCUGCCACCUCCACCUCCCGCCCACGGCCCCCGGGAGCCCCAGCUCCUUGCCAGGAUCCUUGUCUUUGAGAAGUCCACACACUUUGGGACUAAACAGAUACCAUCCCUACGGCAAGAGCCAUUUGCCCACGGCUGGGGCGUUGCCGGUGCCCUCCUUGCCAGCGGCUGGACCGUACUAUUCUCCGUAUGCCCUGUAUGGCCAAAGACUAACUUCAGCCUCCGCACUUGGAUAUCAGUAACUACAGCGCAUCCCCCCACCCCCACCUUGUGACCUUUCUUGCCCCUUGCCCUGGACUCUGUAUUUAUUGACUCUAUGUUAGCUUAAAGCUGGGAAUAUAAGUGCAUUAAUACACCAAUGAAUCAAUGGUAUGCAAAAAGUCUGUGUCCCCCCCCUCCCACACACAAAAAAAGAAUCCCUUUACUUUUGCAGGCGUUGGGGGCUCUUCUUGUGUUUCUUUUAAAAUCCCCCUUUAAUUUCUUUCAAAUUCUCCUGCCCUGGUGUCCUUUUGCAUGAUUCUCAACUGGCAACAACAGCAGAAGUUUCUUCUCCCCCCCCCCUUGCUUUGUUUUAUCUCUUUUUUUAUUAAAAAAAAAUCAUUUCCUCUUCCUUUUUGUACAGUUACCAGAAAUGUAAUAUUUUCCCCCCCUUUUGUGUAUUGUGUUUGGAGGAAGGGGUUGGUGGGAGAUCGGCUAGAGAUGGUUUUUGGCAUUGUUCAGUUUGCAGAAUCGGGAGAGCGUCUCCUCUGGUUGGUAUCCCCAGCUGCUGGGUGCCAUCUCUUGGGGGAGGGGAGAGCCGAGCUUGGCCACCAGCUUGGGUGGGACUGCUGCUCUUUAUAGUCAGGAUCCUUCCCUAUAAGACCUUGCGGGUGCCCCCGUAUAGACAGUGUUGGCCCGCCAAUCCAGUGGGUGUUUGGAUCCUUGCUGUUACAGAGAGGCCCAUGAAGAGUGGGAAGGAAAGAGUCCACCAAGGGGGCAUCUCUCAACAGUUUUCCCCCCCCUUAAAAGACCUGGAUUUAAGUGAAAUUGGCAUCCUCGAAUGACUGGAAUAGAGCAACUUUUUUUCACAAGCGCCAAAUGGAGAACUCGGAAGAACUUUGCUCAGCAUAGUACAAAAGCCGGAUCCUGUAAGCAAGUCCGGCUAACUUGGGGGCUCAUUGUACCCUCAUCUAGAGGCUCAAAUCUACAUACCAAAAAAAACCCCAACACAAACCCUCCCUAAUUGCCCCCCACCCAACUACUCUUAACCUAUAGGAAUGGAACAGUCAUUAGGGUGCGGAGCCUGCCCCCCCCCCAAUCCCCAGUCUAACGCAACGCGGAAGGCUGUGGAUCGUUUUUUGGGUGAAUAGAGCUCCGUUCUGGUAAGUCUUAUUUUGUUAAUAAAUGAAUA